AUGUCAAAUAAAGAAGAUACUUCAAUUCCAAUUCCUGUUAUAGAACAGGAACAAAAAGAACAAUCUACUCAUUCAAGUAAUAUACCAAUUCCAUCAGAUCCCAAAAAACAUAAUCCUGUAUCACCAUUAUCCUUAUCAUUACCAGAUAAUCAUGACACUGAUAGUAUAUCAAAAGUACUAGCAGAUACUCAACCACAACCAACUCCAGCAACCGAGAAAGCAAUUGCAUCAUUAGCUCCAAUGUUGGAAAGCUUUACUCCUAAGACUAACGCAGAAGAUUCUCAAUCAAGAUUGAAUUCAAUCUCAUCAUCGCCUGGAACAUCAACUUCAAAUGGUGUUGAAAAUAUGACUAUAGAUGAAUUCCAACCAUUAACUCAUGAAAAUUUAUCAGGUGUUAAAUCUCAUUCUAAUCUGUUUUCAAAUAUAAAUUCUGCAGAUGGAUCAAGAUUGAACAAAACAUUAUCAAAUUCUUCAAAUACUUCAAGAAAAUCUUUCAGUCAAAAUACAAACAAAGAAUUUGUAAAAUUACCAAAAAUUGGUAAAAUCGGAGUUUGUGCAAUGGAUGCAAAAGUUUUGUCCAAACCAUGUAGAAGAAUCUUAAAUAGAUUGAUUGAAAAUGGAGAAUUUGAAACUGUUAUAUUUGGUGAUAAAGUGAUAUUGGAUGAACAAAUUGAAAAUUGGCCAACUUGUGAUUUCUUGAUUAGUUUUUUCUCAACUGGGUUCCCAUUAGAUAAAGCCAUAGCUUAUGUUGAAUAUCGUAAACCUUUUAUAAUAAAUGAUUUAGUUUUCCAAAAAGCACUUUGGGAUAGACGUAUUGUUUUAAGCAUUUUGAAUCAUGCUAACGUUCCUACUCCAGAAAGAGUUGAAAUCAGUAGAGACGGAGGUCCAUAUUUAGAAUUAAAAUUAUUGGAAAGAUUAAAAGAAAUCGGGUUCAGUGAUGAAAAAUUACAUGCUAUGAGUAAUCAAAAGGAACCAGAUUGGGAAAUGGUUGAUGAUGACACUUUAAGAGUUGGUGAUAAAAUUAUCAAAAAGCCAUUUGUGGAAAAACCAGUUGAUGGUGAAGAUCAUAAUGUUUAUAUUUAUUAUCCAAAGGCGACUGGUGGUGGAGGUAGAAAAUUAUUUAGAAAAAUUGGUAACAAAUCAUCCGAAUUUGAUCCUGAUUUAACAUCACCAAGAACAGAUGGAUCUUUUAUAUAUGAGAACUUUUUAGAUACGGACAAUUUUGAAGAUGUUAAAGCCUAUACUGUGGGACCUAAUUUUUGUCAUGCAGAAACUAGAAAAUCUCCCGUGGUUGAUGGUAUUGUAAGAAGAAAUACUCAUGGUAAAGAAGUUAGAUAUGUUACUGAUUUAAGUGAUGUUGAAAAAAUUAUGGCGAGAUCAGUAAGUGCUGCUUUUAAACAAGCAAUAUGUGGAUUUGAUUUGCUAAGAGUUAAUGGGAAAUCUUAUGUUAUUGAUGUUAACGGAUUCUCGUUUGUUAAAGAUAAUAAUGAAUAUUAUGAUUCUUGUGCUAGAAUAUUAAGAGAUCUAUUUAUUGAUGCUAAGAAAUCGAGAGAUUUAAUGAAAACAAGAGUUCCUAAGUCAUUACAAAGAAGUCAAUUCGAGGAGAAAGAACAAAAAUGGGUAUUUAAAGGGAUGGUUAAUGUUAUUAGACACGCCGAUCGUACACCAAAACAAAAAUUUAAAUAUUCUUUUAAAUCCCCAGUAUUCAUUAGCUUGUUAAAAGGACACACUGAAGAAGUUAUUAUUAGAGCAGUUCCAGAUUUACAGAUUGUGUUGGAGACUGUUAAAGUUGCGGAAGAAAAAAAAUUGGAGGAUCUUAAAAAGUUGAAACAAUUAAGAUUGGCUCUCGAAAAGAAAAUGAACUUCCCUGGUACUAAGAUUCAAAUUAAACCAUCGUUAAAUGAUCAAGAAGUUGUUGAAAAAGUCCAAUUGAUCUUGAAAUGGGGUGGUGAACCAACACAUUCAGCAAAGCAUCAAGCUACUGAUGUAGGUGAACAAAUGAGACAAAACUUGAAAUUAUUGAAUCGUGAGGCAUUGAAUGAUGUUAAAGUUUUUACAUCAUCAGAAAGAAGAGUAAUCACCAGUGCUCAAUAUUUUACAACAAGCUUACUAGGUUUAACUGAUGAACCAUUACCUGAAGAUUUCCUUAUUGUUCGUAAAGAUCUUUUAGAUGAUUCAAACGCUGCUAAAGAUUUAAUGGAUAAAGUAAAGAAAAGAUUAAAACCAUUAUUAAGACAAGGAGCAGAAGCACCAUCACAAUUCACAUGGCCUCCAAAAAUGCCACAACCAUUUGAAGUUAUAAAAAGAGUAUGUGAAUUAAUGAAUUUUCAUCAUCAAAUAAUGAAUUAUAAUUUUGAAACUAAAAAUGUUCAAGAAUUUCAAACUUCUUGGUGUUGUGGUGAAGAUCCUUUCUUAUUUAAAGAAAGAUGGGAUAAAUUAUUUCAAGAAUUUAUAAGUGUUGAAAAAACUCAUCCUUCAAAAAUUUCUGAAUUAUAUGAUACAAUGAAAUAUGAUGCAUUACAUAAUAGACAAUUUUUACAAAAGGCAUUUGCAUUUGAUCCAAAUGAUGAAAAAUUAUUAGAAAGGUUAAAAGAAUCAUGUGGUGGUACUGCUACUUCUUCUGGUUUAGUUAGUGAAUAUCCUAUAAAUAUAUUGGCAAUGAAUAAUUUUAAAAUCCCAGAUACUUCAACCACCACAAAUCAAAAAGAAUCAAGUUCUUCACCAGGAGCAUCAGCUGGCUCAUUGGGUUGGGUAUUAAGUGGAGCAACAAUGGAUGGAUCAAACAAUAAGGCAUCAAAACCACCACAAAAUCCAUUUGAUCAUCCAACUUUUGCAAGAUUAAGAGAAUUAUAUAGAUUAUCAAAAGUAUUAUUUGAUUUUAUAUGUCCACAAGAAUAUGGAAUAAAAGAUGAAGAAAAAUUAGAUAUUGGAUUAUUAACUUCAUUACCAUUAGCUAAACAAAUAUUAAGUGAUAUUCAAGAUAUGAAAAAAAAUAUUUCAUCACCUUCAGUAGUUACUUAUUUUACUAAAGAAAGUCAUAUAUAUACAUUAUUAAAUGUAAUUUAUGGAUCUCAAUUACCUAUGAAAAUUGCAAGAAAUGCAUUACCAGAAUUAGAUUAUUUAUCACAAAUUGUAUUUGAAUUAUAUGAAGCAGAUGAUCCAACUUGUUCAACAGGUAAAAAACAUAGUAUAAGGUUAUCAUUAACUCCAGGUUGUCAUACUCAAGAUCCUCUUGAUGUACAAUUAGAUGAUGAUCAUUAUAUUGGUUGUAUACCAAGAUUAAGUUUAACAAGACAUUUAGAUAUGGAUUUAGUAACUCAAAGAUUAAAAUCAAGAUUUUCAAGAGUUUCUUUACCUAAACAAUUCACACCCGUUAAUAUUUCUAGUCCAUUAGUUAGUGGAUUAUAG